GGCUGUGCGGGAUGGUGGCGCUCUCCUGGUACGCCUUCAACAUCACCCGGGACUUCUUUGACCCCCUCUUCCCCGGCACCAAGUACGAGAUCGGCCCGGCGCUGUACCUGGGCUGGAGCGGAUCCCUGCUGGCCAUCGUUGGGGGUGGCUGCCUCUUGGGCUCCUGCUGCGCCCACCCCUCGCGGGACAAGAGCUUCAGCUACCCCUACAGCGCGCCCAAGGCCGGCCCCAAGCGCCCCCGGAGAGGCUCCGACGCCAGCAGCGUCGGCCAAUACGGCAAGAACGCCUACGUCUAGGCGUGG